GCGGAAGGGGCCGUAGGCGCCAUGUCGGGCCGCGAAGGUGGCAAGAAGAAGCCCCUGAAACAGCCCAAGAAGCAGGCCAAGGAGAUGGAUGAGGAGGAUAAGGCUUUCAAGCAGAAACAAAAAGAGGAGCAGAAGAAACUCGAGGAGCUGAAAGCGAAGGCCACGGGGAAGGGUCCCCUGGCCACAGGUGGAAUUAAGAAAUCUGGCAAAAAGUAAGCUCUUCAUAUUCCUGAGAUGAUGGUGACCCUCUUGCAUUCCUAUUUAAACAUCUGGAUUCCCUGCCAUAACAUCUUUUGCCACCUAUAGCUAGAGUAAAGUGAUGUCCUGGAGCCUGUUGUACAUUGUAAUAAACUUUUGUAAAAAAAUUAUACAAUGGCUCACUGUCUCUAGUUUCCAUUGAGCUUACCCCUACCUCAGAAUUUUAAGUAAAUCCAGCCUGGAAUCCUGACAGAGCCUGUUGUUCCAUCUUAAUUGUACUUUGAAUUCUGUAUCAUCUUGAAUUAAACAAACUCAUUUAAAAGGC